CCCAAUACUUUGUUCGAUCUCUUUCAAGUUUAGAUUUCCAGGGAAGAGCAAGAAACUCAAGCAGCUGCAAAAAUGAAAGAUAAAAAGAACAAAGAUGAGGAAGAAACAAGUUCAAAGCCCAGCUGUUUCGGAUUUCCCAUCAGCAUCUUCUUCAUCGUGGUCAAUGAAUUCUGUGAAAGGUUCUCCUACUAUGGAAUGCGAGCUGUGCUUGUCCUUUAUUUCCGUUAUUUUCUGCACUGGAGUGAGGAUUUCGCAACUGCCAUUUAUCAUGCCUUUGUUGCUCUAUGUUACUUAACACCAAUCCUUGGAGCAAUCAUCGCUGACUCCUGGUUGGGAAAAUUCAAGACCAUCGUCUACCUGUCCAUUGUCUACACAAUUGGGCAACUGGUGAUAUCUGUCAGCAGCAUUGCAGAUAUUACAGAUAUUAACAACGAUGGUCAUCCAAAUAAUCCAGCUGUUCAUAUAGCUUUGGCAGUAGUUGGUCUGAUUCUUAUUGCUUUGGGCACUGGCGGUAUCAAACCUUGUGUGUCAGCAUUUGGUGGUGACCAGUUUGAAGAACACCAGGAAAAUCAAAGGGGAAGGUUCUUCUCAAUUUUCUAUUUAUCAAUCAAUGCUGGAAGUCUCAUUUCUACCAUUAUUACGCCCAUCCUGAGAGGGCAAAACUGUGGUCGUGUCCCCCAGGCGUGUUAUCCCCUUGCCUUUGGAGUGCCAGCAGCUCUGAUGGCAGCUGCUUUGAUGGUAUUCAUAGGAGGAAGUUCUUUGUACAGGAAAUCUACACCCCAAGGGAAUAUUAUACUUAAAGUUUCCAAGUGCAUAUGGUUUGCUCUAAAGAACAGAUUCAGGCAUCGUAGCAAGCAAUACCCCAAACGAGAGCACUUUAUGGACUGGGCUACGGAGAAAUAUGAUGAACAUUUGAUUGCUCAGGUCAAGAUGGUGCUGAGGGUGCUGUUUCUGUAUCUUCCAUUGCCUAUGUUCUGGGCUUUAUUUGAUCAACAGGGCUCAAGGUGGACCUUUCAAGCUACCAGAAUGAAUGGAAAUUUCGGAGGCAUUGACAUCCAACCUGAUCAGAUGCAGACAGCCAACCCAAUCCUCAUUCUGAUCUUGGUUCCAGUUGUCGAUGGUGUUGUUUAUCCCUUGAUUGCUAAAUGUAACUUCAACUUUACGUAA